GGGCGCCGCCGCCGCCACCGCCGCUGCCGCCGAGGAGAGGCCGAGAGCGGAGCCGGCUGGGUCCCGGAAGAGAGCGCAGCCACUGGGCGCACGGUCCCCGUCCCGGUCGAGGCCAGGGGCGCGCGGCGAUGUGAGCCAUGAGCGCGACGUGGACGCUGUCCCCCGAGCCGCUGCCGCCGUCGACGGGGCCCCCGGUGGGCGCGGGCCUGGACGCGGAGCAGCGCACGGUGUUCGCCUUCGUGCUCUGCCUGCUCGUGGUCCUGGUGCUGCUGAUGGUGCGCUGCGUGCGCAUCCUGCUCGACCCCUACAGCCGCAUGCCCGCCUCGUCCUGGACCGACCACAAGGAGGCGCUCGAGCGUGGGCAGUUCGACUACGCGCUGGUCUGAGCCGCGCGGGGCCGCUCCCCAAGGGCGGACCCGACCGGGGCGCAGCCUGGCAGGGGAUCGCGCUCAGGACCCCGCCCCAUCGCCUAGCCCGAGGUGGGAGGGCGUUAGAGGUCCAGCUCCUCCCCCUCAGACCCCUCCCAUCUUUCCUCCCGGCCCCGCCGGAGCCCCACUUCGUGCCUUUAUCCCGCCCCGUCCUCGCUCCAUAUCUCGACAGCUCGGCUGGCCCCCGACUGGGAAGAGGCCCCCCAUCCCCACCCCAAGGCGUAUAGGUGGUUCUGCUAUUGUCCUGUCGCCGAGCAUGAGUGUCACGUCCAUUCCUGGAUGCGGGGGACCCGCGUGUCCCCCCUCUCUCCCCUGUGGUCUGGCCACCCUCACUCCUCCGCCCCCAAACCCCCCUUAGUGUUGAGACGCUUCUGCGGGGCAGGCUGUCCUGCGCCCGCGUCGUGGAGGCUGCCAUACCCACGUGCCCCGCGCGGCCUGUCCCGGAGUUCGGGAUCCGAGAGCACCGAUGGCUGCUGUGAGUCCAGGACGCGCGGCACCUUCGGUGGGAGGAGUGCGGACAGGUUCUCCCCAGCACAGGUCAGCCCCCAUCCCUGGCCCUCCUGUCGCUUCCCGCGCUUCCCUCUGAGCCCUCCUCGCAUCCCCCGGUGGCCUUCCCCAGCCCUUCUGCCCGCUCCCUGCCUCCGAGCGGAUGGUGUCAAUAAAAGCUAUCACUGAGCGCUUACUACCCGCCAA